UCCUCAUCACUUGUUCAGCCAGAAAAGGAAAAUUGAAUUAUUGCAUUGUGAGACCAUGAUGCCCAAUAAUUCAAUCUCAUCUAUCAGUGGAUUUCUCUCUCAGGCAGAAUCUCUCUCUCUCAGGCGAAAGCUCUCUCUCUCUCAUGCCUCUGAUCUCACUCUUUCGCUCAGCUCCUUCUCUCUCUCUCUCUCCCUCUCCGACCUCUUCCCCCUACGGAUUCUCACAGUCGUCUCGUCCAGUACUUGUCUCGAUCACGCUCCACCGGACUCCUCCCCCUCUUCAGCUACUCCAGCCGACCUCCUCCCACUGAAGAAGAUUUAUAUCUUGUGUGACAGAUCUCUAGGAGGAACGGAUUGUGUUAAAGAUAAUCAUUAACAGCCGUUGUUCUAGGAGUCAGCUUGGGUCUUGGAAGGGCGAAGCUUUGAAGAAGAUUUAUAUCUUGUGUGACAGAUCUCUAGGAGGAACGGAUUGUGUUAAAGGUUUUGCUUUCUCGCUGCAAUCCAUCACUGAGGUUGUAAGAAAAUCUCUCCGGCAGCACUCUCUCUCUCUCUCUCUCUCUCCGGCUUUGCUUUUUCCCUCACGACAUCCACCCAUUGCACACAGCCUCUUCAAUUCUGUACCCGAGCCCGAGACAUGGCAGUGCAUCAAGGUCCUUACCUACUUUGCCUCUUAGCCUUGGUCUUGGCCUCCUUGACUAUUGUGCAUGCAGAACAUAGUAAUCAUACGAUUGAACCUUUUAAUCGGAGCAGUUUUCCUACUGAUUUUAUAUUUGGAACUGCUACUGCGGCAUACAUGAUUGAAGGAGCAGCAAAUAUUGAUGGCAGGGGGCCGUGCACCUGGGAUAUUUUUGUGAAGAGACAUCCAGAAAAAAUUCAAGAUGGGAAAAAUGCAAAUGUAGCCUGUGACUUUUAUCAUCGGUAUAAGGAGGACAUACAAUUGUUGAAAACGAUUGGAUUGGAUUCAUUUAAAUUUUCAAUCUCAUGGACCAGAGUAUUACCAAAGGGCAAAGUAAGCGGGGGAGUGAACCCACAAGGUGUCAAAUUCUACAAUGACCUUAUCAACGAGCUUUUGUCCAAUGGUAUCAAGCCCUUAGUAUUUCUGAUGCACUUUGAUCCUCCUCAAGCACUUGAAGAUGAAUAUGAUGGACCCUUAAGUCCCAAGUUUGUGAAUGAUUUUCAAGAUUAUGCGGACUUUUGCUUCAAGACUUUUGGGGAUCGAGUUAAACUUUGGGUGACAAUGAAUGAGCCCAUUGCUAUGAGCGUCAAUGGGUACAGCACUCCUAAUUUUCCACCCGGAAGAUGUUCGAGUUACGUUCCCAAUUGCACCGCCGCCGGUAACUCUGCCACUGAGCUUUAUAUUGUUGGACACAAUUUGCUUCUUGCUCAUGGAGCCGUCGUGAAAUUAUACAAGGACAACUACGAGCCAUAUCAAAAGGGGAAAAUUGGGCUCGCUACAUAUAGCACUUGGGUUGAGCCAGAAGACAACACAUCUUCUAGCCGUGAGGCCGCCUCUCGAUAUAUGGACUUUUUGUUGGGAUGGUUUGUUGAACCAGUUAUAUAUGGUGAUUAUCCCGAGAGAUUAAAGUUUGCAUUGGGGAGUCGAUUGCCCAAAUUCACCGAAGCUCAAUCCAAGUUGGUAAAAGGGUCAAUUGAUUUUCUUGGUUUAAGCUAUUAUUCUGCAGGUUACGCAAAAACCGUUUCCCCAGCAAACGGUGUCAACGUCACUUUUUGGACCGAUGUGCAAGUCAAUUACACCAAUAGGGGGUACAUGAAACCAAAGGGAUUACUAAAGCUCCUUUUAUACAUAAAAGGAAAAUACAACAAUCCCACUAUAUACAUCACGGAAAACGGAAUUGGUGGUAGAGAUCUCAGAGAUCUCAGAAGGAUCAAAUAUUACUACCGGCAUUUCUUAUCUCUUUCAAAAGCUAUCAAGGAGGGCGUAAACGUGAAGGCACACUAUUCGUGGUCAUUUCUUGACAGCUUUGAAUGGGGCGCUGGUUACCUCCUUCCGAAUGGCAUAGUUUUUGUGGAUUUUAAGGAUAAUUUGACAAGACAUCUCAAGGAUUCUUGUUAUUGGUUCAAGAAGUUCCUCUUAAAAUGAGCUCAAAAGAACGUGUGAAUAUAUUAUAAUUAUUUACAUAUUAAAAUUAUUAUUAGGAAAAUAUGGAGAAUUGCUCAUAAAGCAAUCUCUAGCAGGAAAUUUGAGAUUUGCCUCAAUUAGAAUUAUAUUUUUUAUUUACUGUGUAUUUCUUGAAUUAGGAUUCGCUCAGGAUUCCCUGAAUUAUCUUGUCAAACUUUAUCAAAGCUUAUCGCUUUUUCGUUGAUUA